UAUUAAUGUUAAAUAAAUAAUUUGUGAAUAUUGUUAUAAUUAAUAAAAUAGUGAGAUUCAAAGUAUGAAAAUAACUAAAUUCACAAAGCAUUAAUGUUCGAGUUUUUUUUUAAGAGUUCCUAAUCGUUCGGGGUAUACUACUCUUUUUACUCUAAGAACACUGCUCUGACUCGAUUUUGAAAUUUUGAUAUUCCAGAUCCAGAUAGAGAAUGACAAAAAAAUGUUUAGGUUAUAUUUGUGCUUUUACUCAUCCUGAAAAUAUUUCUUUAUUAAUUAGAAAUUUAAUUAAAUAUCCAUAUCACAUGGCAGCUCAAAGUGUUCAAACUAUAUCCGAAGACCUACUGAAGGCCACCGAUAUGGAAAAAUGCUACGAAAAUUACAUCCUGAUCGACGUCGGGGCCAAUUUGACCAACAAAAAAUACAGCAGGGACCUGGACACUGUAGUACAAAGGGCAAAAGAUUCAGGUGUUCAAAAAAUUAUGGUCACAGGAACAUCAGUGAAAGGCAGUAAAGAAGCCUUAAGACUAACCAGAAUUUAUCCAGGAACUUUGUAUUCAACAGCAGGUAUUCAUCCUCAUGACGCCAAAUCCUAUGAUGAAGAAUCCUGGGAGGAAUUACGCAGACUGGUAGAAAAUCCUGAAUGCGUAGCUGUCGGUGAAUGUGGUUUAGAUUACAACAGAAAUUUUUCAGAUCCUGAGGAUCAGAAAGCUGUUUUUGAAAAACAUAUUAAACUAGCAAUAGAGCACAAUAAGCCUUUAUUUGUCCACGAAAGAGAUGCUUUUAAUGAGCUCAACGAAAUUUUAGAUAAGUACACUAACAGGUUGCCUCCAGUUGUUAUUCAUUGUUUUACUGGAAGUAUUGAAAAUGCCCUUGCAUACUUGAAUAAAGGCUAUUAUAUAGGAUUAACAGGUUACCUAUGCAAAGAUAAGUCUGACACAGGUGUAAGAAAACUUCUAGUAGACAAUUUAAUACCUCUAGAUAAAUUAUUAGUUGAAACUGAUGCUCCUUUUAUGUAUCCCAACACAAGAGCCUCUAAAUUACCGGCGCAUGUUAAAGAAGGCCUUACUGAAAGGUCUAUGACGUUUUUGCACCGUUACUGUACUUUUCAACGAAACGAACCGUGUUGUUUGCCAGCCAUUGUCGAAAUGAUUGCGGCUUUCAUGAACAAAAAACCAGAAGAAGUUGCAUUGGCUACUUCGUUUAAUGCCAUGAAGCUUUUUGGAUUGUCCUAAUUUAUUAUUGUGAUUUUUGCAGCUUUUACAAUUUAUUAUUAUAUUGUUCCUACAUAUUAUGGCGCUAAGUUAUGUUUAGGCAGAAUCGAAAUAUUUUCAUUAAAAAAUGUUAUUUAUUUAAUUGUUUUAAAUAGUGUAGGUGUAUUCUAAAAAUUGUAUGUGUAUCCUUGCCUUUUUUAUGUAGUUGUGCUAAAAUUAAACAGAACUCUAUUUUUAUAGAUAUAUUUAUUUUUGUUUAAAAUAUUAUAAAUGUAUAUUUGAUUUUUAUAUAAAUCAAUGUGCCUUAAAAUAUCGUGUUAUAUCCCUUGGUAAGGGAAAAUAAAAGUGAAUAAAAAUAUAUCUAUUUUAA